CAACCGCGCACACCGCUUCAGAGGCGAGAAGUCGAGCCGCAUCCCCCCCUCGUCUUGUUCCGGACGGAACUCCGGCUUCCCCGGCGCAUCGCUUCCGUAAACUGAACCGGAUGAAAGGACCAAAAUGGAUGGAGGGAUGCUUUUCUCUCUCUCUCUCUCUCCCUCUCUCUCUACACUUGAUGCCCGCUGCGUAAUUGAGACUGAAAACAGCUCUGCGUAAUUGGCCAGCGGAAGUUUGGGAGCCAGCGCGCGCAAUCCAAGCAACUUUGCCAAGGCUCAGAUGCGGGAGUUUGGCGGAGUGCUGGAGGUCUAUUUUUAGACACGUUUAGGGCUUGUUUUUUUUUAUUCGUUUCAUCUUUAUAGUGAAAUCCCAGUAGGGGAAAAAAGUAAUUAAGACGUACGUACCCAACAUUUAUCAUGUAGGUGAUGCUUUUUCAUGGGAACGUUUUAGUGCAAAGCGAAAGGUCCGCCUUGGACGUUGGAGGUUUUAAUCCCGUCAAUGGAGAGCAAAUGAGACGGUUAUUUCCUCUGCUUGAUUGACAGCCCGACGAAAGGAUGCAGGAGAGGGAGCUGCAGUGUGUGGGUUGGAGAGUGCUACUGCUUGGCGUCUGCCUGCUGUCUUUGUGGGGGCAGUUGAGCCUGGCCUCCUCACACCGCAGCCACAUCGUACAUGUCAAGGCAGGAACCUGUGAGGUCAUAGCAGCACACCGUUGUUGUAACAAGAACAAAAUAGAAGAGCGCUCUCAAACUGUCAAGUGCUCCUGCUUUCCUGGACAAGUCGCUGGCACCACCAGAGCAGCUCCUUCCUGUGUGGAUGCAUCUAUAGUAGCACAGAAGUGGUGGUGCCAGAUGCAGCCUUGUAUGGACAGUGAGGAAUGUAAGGUGUUGCCAGAUCUUAAAGGAUGGAGCUGCAGCACCGGCAACAAAGUCAAGACAACCAGGGUUACACGGUAGUAUGGAAUAUCUGGAACUCAUCAUCUUAGAUCAAAUUAUGGAAAUGCUGGAACCAAGACUUGAAGACUGCUUGAGGACAGUUGAAGUAAUGUAGUUGGAUUUCAAGUGGAAUACCGAUAUCCUUAUAAAUGGAAACUGUCAAACAGAACUUGUUUGCUUUCUCCGGGCAGCCUUCCAAACUUCCAUUCAUGUUUUAUAGCUACUGGACAAGAACUUCCAUCAUGUAAAAUUUUGUGCUCACCAAGAUCUUGACAAAUUGACACGAAAGCAAGAUGUUAAUCCAGAGAUGCUGAAGCACUUUGCAGAACUAGGAGUGGCAUUUCCUUUUUUCUUUUUUUUGAGACUACAUCAGCUUUGAAAAGUUCAUUAACUAGUGUAUGUGUUCCAGAGCCGAUCCGAUUGUGUUCCCUUCUCCAUCCCUUGAUGCUAACGUUUCUUUCUUCUUUUAUAGGAACAUUUUUGAUCUUUGUGGGUGUUUACUUUUAAGAGAAAAUCCAGAGCACUUGUGUUUUGAAAAUGAACUUGUGCCAUUGAAAGAAGUCCAUUACAGUAUUUAAGAAUA